UGUGUAGUCGGAAAACAAAAGCGCAACAAACAAGCAAAAAGAAAGCAAAGGAAGCAAUAAACAAAGAAGGAAAGAAAUUAAGAAAGAUUAACAUUUUACAACAACAAAUCAUAGUCCAACCGCUCAGCAAACAGAGAGAGUGAGAGGGACGUACCUUCCGACAUUUUCUCUAUUCUUUAAGCAAACGCAUUAAACCACCUUCUCCUCCUUCUUCUUCAUCUUCUUCAAUCUCUCUCUCUCUCUCUCUCUCUCUCUCUCUGUCCUCGAUCUCUGGCUAGGGUUUCCUUCUCUACUUCCUCUUCUUCUGAUGAUAUUUAUGUCAAUGUCCUUUGGAUUUACUGUAUAACGGUUCACAGCUUUGAGGCAGUUUCGCGGGAUCGAAAAUGGUGGAUUCUGGGCCGAUUUCGCCUGGUCAGGUGUCAUUUUUGCUUGGAAUCAUCCCAAUUUUUGUCGCAUGGAUUUAUUCGGAGUACUUGGAAUAUAAGAAAUCUUCAUCUCCUCCCAAAGUUCAUUCAGAUAUUAAUCUGGUUGAAUUGGGGGAGGAGACAAUCAAGGACGAUGAUCGUGCUGUUUUGAUUGAAGGAGGUCUCACAAGAUCAGCAUCUGCAAAGUUUCAUAGUUCGUCCAUUAAAGCAAAUUUAAUUAGGUUUCUGACUUUGGAGGACUCUUUCUUACUAGAAAAUCGAGCAACUCUUAGAGCAAUGUCUGAGUUUGGGGCAAUUAUGUUUUACUUCUAUAUAAGUGACCGCACAACUAUACUGGGACAAUCUACAAAGAACUACAAUCGUGACCUUUUCAUCUUUCUCUACCUUCUUCUCAUCAUAGUUUCAGCAAUGACUUCUUUGAAGAAACAUGCUGAUAGAUCAACAUUCACUGGAAAAUCCAUCCUUUAUCUUAAUCGCCAUCAGACGGAGGAAUGGAAGGGAUGGAUGCAGGUGCUAUUUUUAAUGUACCACUACUUUGCUGCAACUGAGAUAUACAAUGCAAUACGAGUCUUCAUUGCUGCAUAUGUUUGGAUGACUGGAUUUGGAAACUUUUCCUAUUAUUACAUUAAAAAAGAUUUUAGCCUUGCACGCUUUGCUCAGAUGAUGUGGCGGCUAAAUUUCUUUGUAGCACUCUGCUGUAUUGUUCUUAACAAUGACUAUAUGUUGUACUAUAUAUGUCCAAUGCACACGCUGUUUACUUUGAUGGUGUAUGGAGCCCUUGGUAUAUUUAACAAGUAUAAUGAGAUCAGCUCGGUGAUGGCUGUGAAGAUUAUUGCAUGCUUUCUUGUGGUUAUCUUGGUUUGGGAAAUUCCUGGAGUCUUUGAUAUAGUCUGGCGGCCCUUGACAUUGUUUUUAGGGUAUACUGAUCCAGCAAAGCCUGACCUGCCUCGACUUCAUGAGUGGCAUUUCAGAUCUGGACUCGAUCGCUAUAUAUGGAUCGUAGGAAUGAUAUAUGCCUAUUUCCAUCCUAAUGUUGAGAAGUGGAUGGAGAAAUUGGAGGAAUCUGAAGCCAAAAGGAGAGUUUCAAUCAAAACAGCCAUAUUUUCUGUUUCCUUAUUUGUUGGUUAUAUGUGGUACGAGUAUAUUUACAAGCUGGACAAGGUUACAUAUAACAAGUUCCAUCCUUACACAUCAUGGAUUCCCAUAACUGUUUAUAUAAGCUUGCGGAAUUUUACUCAGCAGUUUCGGAGCUUCUCUAUAACUCUCUUCGCGUGGCUUGGCAAGAUUACUUUGGAGACCUAUAUUUCACAGUUCCAUAUUUGGUUGAGAUCUAACAUACCAAAUGGACAGCCAAAAUGGCUUCUUUCUUUCAUUCCAGAAUAUCCGAUGCUCAACUUCAUGCUCACAACUGCCAUUUAUGUUUUAGUAUCUCAUCGGCUUUUUGAGUUAACCAAUACACUUAAAUCAGUCUUCAUACCUGUAAAAGACAAUCAAAAACUGCUGUACAAUUUCCUUGCUGGGGUUGCAAUUUUUACCUGUUUGUAUUGCUUUUCUUUCAUUCUUCUUCAGAUCCCUCAUUCAACGGCCUGAGAAAGCAGGAUCCCGAGUACAAUUAAAAUAGAGAUAUAACUCUGUUGGAUGUGCAAAUAUAGAAAGAAUAAAAUAAGGUGCACUUGGAAAAAGUUGCUUGCAGGUCUACCUUAUGAAGAUAGUGUUUCCAACAGUUUUUGAAGAGAAAGGACUUCAUUUCUGAGAGGAAGCUGAAGAUGGAUCUUGGAUUUGCCUUGGGAAGUUUGCAAGGACCGGGAAAGAUAGGGAGGAAAUUUUUGUAAUAUUGCGCCCGUUGCUAUAUAUUUUUGGCUUACCAUUUUUUUACUCAAUCAUUUAAGCAAAUGUAUAAGUUUCUGUGAUAUAGAGUUGUUAUCUGCAACAAUCAAAUUCAAUAUUCAUAACUAAUGCAAUUUGUUUAUUGUCAAA